AUGUUAAAUCUUUGCAGGAAUAGUGGUUAUGUAGCACCUGAAUAUGCAAUUUAUGGGCAAUUAUUUGAGAAAGUUGAUACAUACAGCUUUGGUGUGGUGGUCCUAGAAAUCAUUAGUGGAAAGAUAUACAAGGAUGUUGACUACCAAUUAGUAACUCAAAAUCUCCUUGAUCAGGAAUGGGAAGGGUUAAUUGAAUUGAUAGGAACUGAAUCAAGUGCUGUAGGGGGUCUUGAAUUUUUACACAAGUAA